GCUGCUCACCUUUCUUCCUUAUGAUUGACGAUGUCUUAGCUCUCUCUUUAUUAUUUGAUUGUUUCUUUAUUUCUCAUGUUAAAAGGUCGGGGAAUACUGUAGCCGACUGUGUGGCAAGGUGGGACACUAGAAAUUGUGAUGAAUAUGUUUGUCUUGGUUCAUUUCCGCAUAGUCUAUUGACGUUGGCGGAGCUUGAUUUAUCUUAAUAUAUUUUCCGGCGUUUUUCUCAAAAAAAAAAAUAAAAAAUAAUAAUUAGAAUCUAUCAUAGCAAUCCAGAACUUAACAACGGAGUAUUCUUAUUUCCAGAACUUAACUUCCCAAUUUCCCCAUCUUCUCUUUUCUACUCAUCUCUCACGAAUUCAUUUAUUCCCCUUUAAAUUUUUUGCGCACUCUGAGUUCCCCAUUGAACCGGCUUCUGAGUUUUCUCUUCUCCAUUGAAGCAGCUUCUGUCUGAGAGGAUGGAGGAACAGUUCAUUUUGAGAGUUCCGCCUUCCAUUGCUGAACGAAUUGAACAACUUUUGAAUGAAGAUCCUUCUUCCUCUGAGGAUAAGUCGUUGGAUUUGUCUUUCACAGAGGAUGGAAGGAGUGGUACUUUUAUGAUAGGAGAUGAACGAUUUCCUGCCUCUUUGCUGGAUCUCCCAUGUGUGACUGAGUCAUACAAAACUUAUGAUGAUAGCGUGCUGAUCAAAACUGCAGACAUUGGUCAAAUGAUCUUGGUGAGAGAAGGGAAUGACAAUCCGCCUGAUACUGUGGAGUAUAGACAUGGCCUUACCCCUCCAAUGAGGGAUGCUCGACGUCGUAGAUUUCGUAGGGAACCAGAUCUAAAUGUUUAUACAUUGUUUUGCAGCCAGAGGUUGUUCAGCGUGUUGAGAAUGAUCUUUGCAACAUUAUGCGAAGCAGAGGUCCUGAAGCAUCUGUCCAGGAUGAAGAUGCUGAUGAAAAUGUACGCAAUGCUAGCAAGAAACCUGCUCCUACUCCUCAAACCAAGCCUGAUACCCCAGAUCCUGCUAACAAUGCUGGCGAGGCUGAAGGAAGUGACUCAGAUGAGUCUGAUGAGUCGAGUUAGUGAAAAUCUUCAUAAGUUGCAAGCUUGCAGGUUCUUAGAUUGUUUGGCUACUCUCCCACCCACCAAAUAUUAGGAUUUUCUUUACUGUUGUAUAUACUGUAAGUUAUAAGUGUAUGUUCAUGAUUCUCUC